AUAGGGAUAGCCACAAAUCUAUCUACAUACAUGAACAGUAGACACAGCGUUCAAAAAAACCUGGGUUUAACAUAGGAAGACAUCUGACUUUCAGAGGAGACAUGACACGAGAAUUGGGUAUUGUUAAGUGUGAUCUUCAGAUUUUAAAAAACAACAAGGCUCAUAGGACCAACGACCUGAGCAAUGAACAGCGACUAUUCCUAAGACGUGGACAAGAAUUCAUUAUCACUUUGAGCAUUCCAAACCAAUGGCAUCUGCAGCAGGAGGCCCUGGGGAAAUGGACUCUUACUGUAACCACAGGGCCCACACCAUGUAAACAAAAUGGCACAAAAAACACAUUUUCAAUAUCAAGUCUUGGAGACAGGAAGACAUGGAGCGCCAGAGUGAUUGACAAAGACCAGGACUUGUGGAUAAUAUCAGUAACGACCCCGGCUGACGCUAUUGUUGGAAACUACGCGUUAGCUCUCAAAACAGCUAACAGACAAGUCCAAAAACUGGGAGAAUUCAUGCUACUCUUUAACCCUUGGUGUGAAGAUGAUCUUGUGUAUUUGUACAAUGAAGCUCAGAGGCAAGAGUACAUACUCAAUGAAGAUGGCAUCAUCUAUCUUGGCACCGAGAGUUCUGUCCAACCACAUCCCUGGCAUUUUGGGCAAUUUGAGGAAGAAGUUGCGGACAUCUGUAUAAACUUCCUGGAUAUGAGCAAAUAUUACAAGAACGAUCCAGAAGAACAUUACGUGAGAAGAAAUGACCCAAUCUAUAUCAGCAGAAUCCUCAGUGAUAUUAUAAGUGAACGAGAUGAAGAAGACAGAGUGGACUUUAUGGUACAGGGUGGUUGGCCGUCUUACAAAUGGAUAAGCAGUGUACCUAUCCUGAAGCAGUGGUUUAUUACUCAAGGUCGGAUUGCCUACGGACACCACUGGAUAUUUGCAGCCAUACUUUGCACAGUGCUUCGUUGUCUGGGGAUUCCAACCAGGAUUGUUACUAAUUAUAACUCUGCCCACAAUACAUAUGAAACUUUGAAGAAGGACUUGUAUUACAAAGAAAGUGGAGCCCGGAUCCAUAGAAACAGGAAUGAUAGUAUCUGGCAUUUCCAUGUGUGGAAUGAAUGCUGGAUGGAACGUAGAGAUCUCCAAAUAGGCUACACUGGUUGGCAGGUCAUUGAUGCUACAGCACAGCACAAAUACAAUGGUGAAGUAAGCUGUACUGGGCCGGUACCUGUGAGAGCCAUCAAAGAAGGGAAGGUGAAUUUGCAUUAUGAUGCUGACCUCAUCUUUUCUAAGGUGGUCACAGAAUGUGUGGCCUGGGUUAGAACCUCAGAAGGCCAUUUCAUUAAGGCUUUUGGUAAUGCCAGAUAUGUUGGUGACAGCAUUGUUACAAAAAGCAUUGGAAGUGAUACACCGAAGGAAAUUAUUAAUAAGUAUAAACACCCAAAAGGAUCUGCAGAAGAGAACAAAGUUCUACAAACAGCCAAACAAAUACUGUUUAAGAAUAACCAACAAUCUCAGGAGGAUGAGCAUCUCUCCAAAAAUCCUAUUGUGGUUUACUUGUGUUCCAACAAUUCCCAGCAGUAUGGAGAAGACCUUGAACUCAAAGUGACCAUCAAGAAUGUGAGUGAUGAUGAGAAUGACCUGGAUCUCAUCAUGGGUACUCAGGCAGUGUAUGAUUAUGGAAUUACCUGGCAUCAGUUCUGGAGUAAAAAGUUCAAUUUUCACCUGAGGCCUAGAGAAGAGUGGAGUGUUUCAGGAAGAAUUUCCUACUCCAUGUAUGAAACCUCUCUGAUGGACAACAACCAACUGAGAGUGACAGCUCUGGUAAAGGAGCCUGGGGAUUCAAGUACAAUCUUUACAAUCGCGGAGCAGGAUGUUACUGUCUGUAAACCCAGCCUCACCAUUAAGAUGCCAAAGACAGCAUUACAAUUCCAGCCUACAAAGACAGAGGUGGUAUUCACUAACCCUCUCAAAGAAACCCUACACAACUGUGUGAUAAGAGUGUCAGGCAAUGGACUGCUUCACAAAGAGAGAAGCUACAGGUGUGAGGAUGUGGCUCCAGGCACCACCCUGAUUUUUCCAAUUACCUUUACCCCAACUGCCGUGGGAAGUAGGAGACUUUACUUGCAGUUUGAGAACAGCAAGAUCCCAGUCAUCAAUGGCUUCCAGGGUUUGGAGAUUCUUCCCAACGAUUUCUACAAAUGGUUCACUCAACACUGGGAAGAAUAUCAGAAAUCUUCAAAGGAACAUAUUUAUGAUCCGUUAUUAGACUGCCAUCUGUCUAUCUCCAUGCACUCGGAAGAUGAUCUUCUGUAUGGGCAAGACCUCUACAUUUCACUACACAUUUCUAACAACAGCAAGAUAGAAAAGGAGUUGUGUGUGGUCCUCUGUGCUCAGUAUAUACAUGAAAGCACCGAUUUAGUUCCUCACUUCUGGAAACAAGAGGUUCACUUUUCUCUGGAAGAAAAUGAAGAGAAAACACUGAGAGCUGAGCUUGUUUAUGCGCAAUAUGCCGACUGCUUGUGGGAGAGCCAGGUCAUCAGGCUUACCGGCCUUGUAAAAGAUGCCACCAGUACAAUUUACACCAGCAAGGAUAUAACAGUGUACAAGCCACAACUUGCCAUUGAAAUUGAGAAGGAAGCAGGACAGUAUCAGCCUAUCACGGCCACAGCCUUCAUCACAAACCCACUUGAGGAUGUCUUGCAGGAGUGCAGCCUAACAGCAUCUGGACAAGGUCUGAUUCACAAACAUAGAUCCUACAUGUGCCAAGAUAUUGACCCCAACACCACAGCAGCAUACAAUAUCACUUUUGCCCCUACAAAGACUGGUGAUUUACAGUUAUGCAUGGAAUUUGAAUGCAAACAAUUCUAUGGAGUAAAGACCACAAAGAAUGUUGAAGUCCUACCUUUGGAGAUGCAAAUAAUAACAAAAUAAGGAUCCUAAAAAAGGAUUCUCUAAAAUGGUGCCAUUGCUAUACUAAGAUUGCUUGAUUUAUCUGUUCUUUGGUGUUCAAUCAGCCUGUUUGUUUUGUUUGUACGUGUGGGGAUGUACCAUUUUAUCAAGGCAAAACAGGUGCUAUUUUGAAGGAACAGUGCAAAAAUAUUUAGAUACAUUCCAUUGGUUUCCAUACCAAUUGGAACAUGAUCUAGCACUUUGUUCCAGAAUAGCACCAAUGUUUGACUUCAUAUAUGUCCCAUUAUGGUUGAAAGUGUUCUCCGCCUUUCAUUGUGGUACGUAACUGUAUCCUAUAUAUUGAUAUGUGUUUAAGAUAUUAAAAUACAUUUAAUAAGGAAU